AUGUGGUUUGAAAGUUUGCCAAAGCUGAAAGUUUUAAGCUUGAGAUCGAAUAAAUUGCAUGGGCCAAUUAAAACUUUAAGUGAUGCAAACAUGUUUUCUGAGCUUCGAAUCAUAGAUCUCUCUUAUAAUGCCUUCACAGGAAACUUGUCGACUAGUCUAUUUCAAAAACUAAAAGUCAUGACGACAAUUGAUAAAACAACGAAGGUACCGACAUAUCUUGGUAAAUUUGGAGAUGGAUACUACCAUGAGUCUGUAAAAAUUGCAACCAAGGGAUUGGAGCUUGAACUGGAUAGAAUUUUGACAAUUUAUGUUGCUAUUGAUCUUUCAAGCAACAAAUUUGAAGGACAUAUUCCAAGUAGUCUAGGAGAUCUCAUUGCGCUUCGGCUUUCGGGAGAAAUACCCCAACAACUUGCUGGUAUGACGUUUCUUGCAGUCUUAAAUCUCUCUCACAAUCAUCUCCAAGGAUGCAUUCCUCAAGGACGUCAAUUUGCUACAUUUGAAAAUAAUUCAUAUGAAGGUAAUGAUAUUGGAUUACAAGGAUUCCCUGUUUCGAAAGGUUGUGGAAGUAUUUGGCCACCAGAGACAAAUAAUGCCGAUUAUGAGCCAUAUGGUGAAGAAAGGAAUUCUGAAUUUCUGAAUGAUUUUUGGAAAGCUACUUUUAUGGGAUAUGGAAGUGGUCUAUGUAUUGGAUUAUCCAUAAUAUAUUUCAUGAUCUCAACUGGAAAUCUGAAAUGGCUUGUAAGAAUCGUUGAAGAUCUUGAACACAAAAUUAUUAUGCGACAGAGAAAGAAACAACGAAGUCAAAGGCAAAACAAAAGAAAAAAUAAUCGCAUCUAG